AUGAUCGAAUGGGCAAAGAUUGCAAUUGCAAUAUCAAUUCCGCAAAUUGGCAGCUACGUGAGUAACCAUGUUGCUAUUAGCAUCGACAAUUCUUGGUACAGGAACUUGAAAAAGCCGCAUAUGUUCAAUACUCCUUCUUGGAUAAUCUCACCGUUCCAGAUAACAACCUAUUCCGCUACAGGAUAUGCGUCUUACCUUGUAUUGCGGGGCAUGGACAACUUUGGCGAUGGCGCAGCCAUUGCUUUGACUUUUUACGGAGCUUCUUUGGCACUCAAUUUUACUUGGCUUCCGCUUUGCUAUCAAACGAAAAAUCUAGGACUUGCUACAGUUGGUGCACUAGCCACUUGGGGUUGCGCUAUCCAAUGUGUCCGUCGUUUCUAUCCGAUCAGUAUCACAGCUGGACGAUUAACCAUUCCGUAUCUUGCAUGGCUAUCCUAUAAAGCUAUCUUUAAUAUCGCCGUUUGGUGGCAUAACUCUAAAGGGGAAGAAAUAGAAUGA